GGGCCAAAACAGGAUGAAGAGAAGGAUGGUGAGGAUUUAUUAUUGAGUUCAACCUAUAAAGUCCUAACCUGGAGUCGGUAGCUUCUCCAACUGUAUCAGAUGAGUGAAGGCAAAACGGAUUAAAAAAACAAAAAACCCACCAUUACCGAAGAACGACUUUAUAAGGAAACGAUGAAAAGCCAUCGUGACUUCUACCUCCAAGGAUUCUCCGCACGCCGGUUGCGAAAAAGGAAUCUUAACACAAAACGUUCUGUCCCUGUUACCCAUUCGGUGUGUCAACUGGGAACUCGCACCUCCAGCAGGUGGUGGAGUUUCCCGCCCUCGCUGUUCUUCUGAAGUCGCGAUGGCAAGGGGGAGUUUCGGGGCGGCACGACGGUAUCGCCUGGAGCUACGGCACGGCAGCGAAGGAUCGCCCCGCCCCAACUACCGUACUCUGACGCGAAGGUGAGGAACUGCGCGCAGCGGCGUAGGUAGCUCCGAGUUAAUCAUUGUCCCGCAGGCAGGAGUUGCUUCGCUAGCUCUUCUGGCAGCCCCUCCUUGCGGCUCGGAGUCUCCACCUCCGCGGAGCGUUGGUGACCCGCCUGCUUUUUUUUUUUUUUUCCUCCCCCUUCCUCUUUUCCCUGCUAACGAUCUUCGGUCGAGAGAGCUUCCUGCCUGGCGGAUCGUCUAAUUUCAGCCUGGGCUUUCGGCGCGCUAUCUGGCGGAGCUCUUUGACCCGGGUCGCUGGCCGCAUUUUGGGAAAUCGGAAAAUUCCAGAUUUUUGGAUGCUCCAUAUCCUGGCAGAGAUGAGGGAGUCCCAAUCUCUACUGCCCUGAGCAUGAGUGUCUCAGAUUAUUCAAUGAGGCAGUUGCCUUCAACUUUAAUCAAUGCUCCCCACAUUUUGGAUGACUGGAAUAACAUGGCGCAAACUCCUUCAGAUGCUUCUUCGCUCCUGAAGACUGGAGUGCUGAAAAAUGCCAACAACAAUGCCUCCUCAGGGCCCUGGAGAAGCCUGAGGAGCCCUUCCUUUUCUGCUGUUGCCUCUUAUUCCAAACUAAGCUAUCUAGAGCGGGUUAUCUUGGAGAUUGUGGAAUCAGAACGCAUGUAUGUACAGGAUCUACGAAGCAUCAUAGAGAAUUACUUGGGGAAGAUCAUAGACACUCAGGAGCUGUUGUUGCGGCCAGAACAAGUCAGCGCACUCUUUGGGAACAUUGAAGACAUCUAUGAGCUGAACAGUGAACUACUGCAAGAUCUGGAUAGUUGCCACAAUGACCCCGUUGCCGUGGCACAGUGUUUUGUGCACAGGAGCCAAGACUUCAACAUCUAUACUCAAUACUGCAAUAACUAUCCAAACUCUGUGGCAGCUCUGACUGAAUGUAUGAGGAACAAACAACUGGCCAAAUUCUUUCGGGAGAGGCAGGAGCAAAUCCGGCACUCCUUGCCCCUGGGCUCCUACCUUCUCAAGCCUGUCCAGCGCAUUCUCAAAUAUCAUUUGCUUCUUCAGGAGAUAGCAAAGCACUUUGACAGAGAAGGAGAUGGCUACGAGGUGGUGGAAGAGGCAAUUGCCACCAUGACCUGUGUAGCUUGGUACAUCAACGACAUGAAGCGGAAGCACGAACAUGCUGUGCGGCUGCAGGAAAUCCAGUCUUUACUUAUCAGCUGGAACGGCCCAGACCUGACAACUUAUGGUGAGCUAGUUCUAGAGGGCACAUUCCGGGUGCAUCGUGUCAAGAACGAGAGAACAUUCUUUCUUUUGGACAAAACCUUGCUGAUAACAAAGAAACGGGGUGAUCACUACAUAUGCAAGAGCCAGAUUCCUUGUUCCUCUUUGAUGCUGAUCGAGAGCACACGGGACUCUCUUUGCUUCACUAUCACCCACUACAAGCACAGCAAACAGCAGUAUAACAUUCAGGCCAAAUCGGGGGAAGAGAAGCGGGUUUGGACUCACCACCUCAAGCGCCUGAUCUUAGAAAAUCACCACGCCAUAAUCCCUCAGAAAGCCAAAGAAGCCAUCUUGGAAAUGGACUCAAUCUAUCCUCCUCACUUCAAAUACAGUCCUGAGCACUUGAAGAAGUCCUUAUCGUGCCAACAGUCUGAAGACAUUCUUCAACGGAGUCGGUCUGGACGUCGACAAUCAGAACCUUACUGUGGCAAAACCAGUGCUGAGAAGCUCUUAGAUGGACUCCACAACUCCACGGCUGCGGCAGGUCCUAAAAGUCGCAGAAAAUCGGAGCCAACAAAACAGAUCCUCAAGCAACUGAGUGACAAAGUAGGAUUAAAGCAUGCAGAUAGUGAUGGAGCCCUUCUGGAGUUUGGGGAUCCCCUACAGAUCCCCAACAGCUUAUCCCAAGAGGAGGUUCAGCAGACCCUUCCCCAGGAAUCUUCUGAAGAGCUGGCUGAAAGUGAUGGCAGUGAAAAGGAGACAGGGCUCGAGGAAGAGAAUGGAGCUGAGGAGGAGGAAGAGGAAGAUGAAGAGGAGGAGGAGGAAGAGGAGGAGGAAGAAGAGGACAGGCUGGUAGGAACGGAGCAGGUGUCAGACUUUGCAAGCUCCUUGAUGGCAGUCCUCCAUUGCUGGCACUAUCGGGCCAAUACUUUGCUUUUCUCCUGGGGCAGCACGGGCAAGGGUCACAAGACACAGCAAGGACCCAAACAAGACCACACUUCCAGCAUUAGAGAGAGGAUUGUGGAGAUUGUGUCAUCUGUGGCGAAGGUUCCAUCACCUAUUGAGCUUGACAAAGGGUUAGACAUUCCUUCACAUAGGGAAGAGUGUCUAGAAGAGAGUCCUCAGCAUCCAGAUCACCAUGGGCUCCUGGAUCAAGGUUCAGAUAUCCUGGAAUCUGCUGAAAAUGUAGAAGAGCUGAAGCCGUUGAGCAGUGAGGAGGAAGAGGAGGAAGAGGAUGGUCAUGCACCACAAUCCAGCAGCAUCCUCCCCUUUUCCGUGCUAGAUCAGGCCAGUGUCAUUGCAGAGCGCUUUGCCAGCAGCCUCUCCCGUCGCAAUAGCUUGGUCCACGAGGAAGGGCAGGGCUACCUCACACCAAAGUUGGCCAGCCGGAGUAGCAGCGUUCUGAGCUUAGAAGGGGGCGAAAAAGCGGUGUGUUGCAACAAUGGCUGCGCUACUGUGGAGUCCCAGAGUUGCAGCAUCCCGCAAGAGCCCUCUGCUGAACCUUGCAACGGUGCUUGCAAUGGUGCAGCGCGGCCUGGCCUGGUCGAGUCUGACCAUUCUUCUUGUCGACGGAAGGAAUCAAUGCUGUCCCAGCAGGAUCGGCUGCUGCUGGACAAGAUCAAGAGUUACUAUGAUGAUGCCGAGCACCAGGAUGCUAACUUCAGUGUCAGGCGGAGAGAGAGCCUGUCCUUCAUUCCCAAAGGGCUGGUGAGAAAUUCUGUUUUUCGGAUAAACAGCCUUCCCCAGCCAGAGCCUGGGCAGGAGGUGCUGAAGAGGAAGAGACCGCCCCCCUUGGACAGUACUGUAGCAGGCAAGGCAGGAUCCUUGAUGCUUUCAAAUAGGCCUGGUGUUGCACUCCCGUCUCCCCAUUUGGAGACCGCCAGUGAGGAAAACCUGAUGCCUAUCACUGAAGCAGAGUUCAGAUCACCUAGUGAGGUGAUUAAACUCUGGGAGGAGAUGGAGGAGCCAAAGAGCAAGCACUGGAACAGGAGGACGGAAGACCUUAGGGAGCGCAAAGCAAAUGGGGGCCUGGGCCAGACUUAUUUGAAAGACAGGCUUGGAAAUCAGGAGAAUGGCUUUGACUUUCAUGAACCACUUCUUAUCCUGGAGGAUGAAGAUCUUGGGGACAUAGUAGAGGAGGGGCCACUGGUGCCCCCUCCUGAGAACAAGGCUCCUGUGGAGCAGACCGUGCCAUCCAGAUUACCCUGGAAAGCAACACAAGAGUUAGGGAGCCGUGAUCAGGAUCAGAGUUUCCCUCAGAUGCCCCCUCACAUAAUGCGGCUGGCUCACCUCACUGAGGCUGAGCUGACAGAGAAGGUGAAGAACAAAGUCUACCAGCUGGCCCGCCAGUACAGCCUUCGAAUUAAGAACCAGAAACCACCCAUGCGCAGGCGACUUGCGGAAGUAGAGGAGGAGAUGCAGAGAAACACCUUGCCUGGCCAACAGGGAGUGGUUAAGAGAGACAAAGGCCAAAAGAAGUCUACCUUGUGUCUCCCCAACUACGAACAAAUUGUGCUUCAGGAGGCUAGCUCACUGGGCCUUCUUUCCUCUUCUUCAACCUGUCAGAAGUCACCUAAGCGCAUCUCUUCCAGCAACAGCUCUGUCAGCCUAUCUUCCUCCACCGGCUCUUGCACCCUCUCUCACAGUCCCCUCAGCCCCAUCAUGACUGAGAAAUUCGACUGGCCCGAUGUGCGGGAGCUGAGGUCCAGGUAUUCCUGUCAGGUGGCGACUGAGAAAUGCAGACCCCCGCUAGUCAACAGAAGUUGCUCAGCACCUGAGAAAAUGGUAGAUGAUGCUAAGAUGCAGGCAGGAUUCCAAUACUCAAAGGGGAUUGCAAAAACAGACUUAAAAAGCCAGCAAUGGGACAAACAGAGCUACAGGAGAAAGGGCUCUCUUGAUUCCAUCCCCAAGGAACUUAUAUGUGAUACUCCAAAGGAAUUGUGUGUCAUAGCAGAGGCAUCAUUGGAGAACAACCAGCAUGUGAUUGUCAUAGAGAAGUUGCCCGAGGGGACUAAUAAAGCUAAAGCCGAUGAAAGAGAGCCACAGAUUCACUCCUCUUCGGCCCAAGAGAAGCUUUCUCUCAAAGAGUUGAUGGAGCAGUACAAGUCGUAUCAAGACUCAGAAGAACAUCACAGACAUGAAGGUGAUGUUCAAGAAGCAUGGUGGGAGAAAACAGCCGGCAGCCAUAACAACCUGGUAAAAAACUUAAGAGAGAAAUUUCAGACCCAUAAUUCUACCAGCUGAACACCUGCAUCUCUUGCUCCCAUGCCAUUAAGUUCUCAAAUCUCCAUCUCUCCUUGGAUUACUACUCAGAAUCUUCUUUGCCUGUUCUACAUCAUGCUUGAAAUUUCUGGGAAGUUUGCAACGGCCUCAAACUGAGGAUUUUUUUUUAAAAUGCUCUCUAAAAUUUAAAGAUCAUGGAUCUGACUUGCCACUGACACUGCACCGGGCAGCAUUAUUGAGCAGAUCUCUUAAUACAUCUAGAAAAAUCAGGGAGUUUCAAGUCAAAGCAGGGGCAAUACAGAUCAAUCAUCCUUUGAACAUGUACUUCCCUUCAGGAACUGGCCUAUUGGGGAGGUUUUGCAUUAUGAAGCCAGAGCAAGACGUACAUUGCUCAGUCUCCUAGGAAAAUAAGUUAUUAUUCUAAAUUUUCUUUUCUUUUUUUUUAAGAAUGUAAUUUUACUAUGGCUUAGGUUGAUUCCAGGCCACCCAGCUUAGGAACAUCCAACCUAAUACUGUUUGCGUACAUAUUUGAAUCUAUAUGCAUUGUGCAAUAACCACUUUUGACCAGCGGGGGAGGGAUAUAAUUGGGGAAGAUUGCAAUAACUGAUUUUUGUACCACAUUUCCUAUGCACAAAAAAUGCUACAAAGCUGAUUGGCAACUCUUGAAGUCAGUGAUCUCUCCUAGAUCAGCAGUACCAAGGAAUGACCCUGGUAUAUUAAUCCAUUUGGGUUCUAAGCCAUUUCAAGUCACCUCACUUCAUUUUAGCCCAUCUUAGUAUAAUUUGUCUUCAUUAAAAUACCUUUUGAGCAAAGAAAUCCUAUGGGGUAAAAAGUUCUCUUCAUAUUCCAAUAUGGAGGAAAUAAAUGGUAACCAUUCCAGGACUAAGAUAUUUUCUUCCUAUUUCCAAGGCAGGUUGACAGUUUUCUUCCUAUAGAUCCAUAGCCUCUGUCAGAACACCAUAUUUUUUUCCCUGUCAUCGGAGCAUUGUUGUUUGAGAAGCAGUGGUUGUGAAUCUCUUGCAACCUGAUGACCGAAACAAGAUUGGGUCUCUCUCUUGAAGCACAGAAUUCUCUGCCCUUGCAAAUCUAACCAGUCUUGUAGCCUUUGGAAUGCUCUUCUCAGUAUGGGAAGAAUCUAAAGUGCAGUUAGACUACUUUGGCUAAGAGUAAAUGCUGCUUGAGAAAUAGUUGCAUAUGCAAUUUAUGCCAACUGUAAAGCUCUGUAGCCUGAGUUGAUGAGACCACCAAAGCUUCUGAAGGAGAUAACAUGAUCCUGAGUGUGUAUCACCUGUAGAAAACACCCAAUGAACCUUUGCACUGGAGACAUUUCUUCAUCACAGAAAGCACUAAGGCAUUAAUGUGUACCAUAAAACAUCACAACUUAAUAAGGUAUGUUAGUAUCCUUUCCUUUGUAUUUAAAUUGAGAUAGUGGAUUAUUUAAGCAUACUGUUCCCUUAUGGUUUAGGAAGACAAAUUACGCACACAUACACACACAAACUCCCCAAAAAAUCACAGAGCCAGGAAAAGCUUAUUGGUUCAUUUAUUAGAAAAAAAAAUGUUAAAUUGCUUCUGAAGCACAUUCUGAAGCUUUAGCUCUUUUCUCUGGACAGUGGAAGCACAUUGGAAGCAGGCAGAACGUGAUGCCUAGCUGUGAAAAGAGGAUUAACUCCAGCCCCCAGAUCCUGUAGGAGAGGCCUUGGGCUACUUCAGUAAUUGGUACUCUGAAGUAUAUGUAUUCUGGGCCCAGUCACAGGACAUUCCCUUCUAACGUGCUGACUUGCAUAAGUGGGAUUGUGAAAAGCAGUUGAAUCAAAAGGGAAGAGCCCAGACAAGAGAAGGCUACCGAUCACCAGGCAGGAAAUGGAUCCUAUGGAUAACGCCAAUGCUUUUGGUCUGUAAUAGGUAAGAGCGUAUUGCUGCAAGACACAGUCAACUCUACCCAAUGCCUACAAGCUGAGAGAUUUGUAAUGGGUUCAAAAGCCCAGUUCAUGACAGAUUAAACAAACAAGAUGGAAGAAAAUGCACCUAAGGGGAAUACAGCCAUUUUCUAUAAGCAGGUAGUGCAGUGCGGGGCAGUGGUCCUCAUAAAGCAGGAAUAGCCUCAAAGAGUAUCUUAGUCAUGUUUUUAUUUCAAUUAUCUGAAAAUGGGCAAUGCACUACAAGUUUAAACUCGGGAGUGACAGGUGAAAAUGUCCUCCAAGAAAACAAUGAUGAGACUUAUCUCUUGCUGUACAUGUCCCCACUGAGUGCUAAAAUGUACAAGUGAAAUGCAUUUAAGCAAAAUGUUCAAUAAAAAACCUUUUGAUGACUUUUGCAAAA